AUAGCUACUGUCUUGUAAAUUGACAAUGGCUGCAUUUCUGGAGAGAGAGCAGGUGCAGAUCAAGGCAACAGGAGGCAGCACCACAGUCCCUAACUCGCCUAUUGCUAAGCUGAUGUACUACUUUGAAUGUGUGUGCAGUUGUGUUGCUGAUAGUGAUGACCCCUCUAUUAAACGAUUGAGAGCGUACAAAACCAACUACAAUUCCCUCUCCAGUGCUGAAAAAUCUGCACUUCUGACUUUAUGCUUGGCUCUCAGCCCUGACAAGUUGAUGAAUAGUGUCUUCUUUUUGAAUGAAGAUAUCAAUGGAGCAAAUAAGUUCUUUGAAGUGAGUGCAGUUUCCACAAAACUUCUUGUUUCAGAUUCUCUGCUUAUUGGAGGACAGAGGAAGAGAGUGCGAAGUAUUAUGAUGUUCAAGAAAGAGUGGAUAGAGAGGUACUAUCUUCAACCAUUGAAAAGUUUCGUGGAGUCCUCUCAAGGGUCCAACCGAUUAAGACAGCCAGAACAAGAUACUUCGAGCUGCUGUACCAUUUUGUGACCUAUAGAUGUGCCUAUAAUUUUAUACAAACAUAACCGAUAACAGCCAGAACAAGAUACUUUAAUUUGCUGCAUGCUGUAUCAUUUUUGACAUAGAUGUACCUAAACACAUAUAGCUAUAACGCUUAUAUUAACUACUGUCACAGUGUAAAACUUUCUGAGUGUCUUAUAAUUGUAGCAUGCUUCUCACAGGACGUGAUGAUUUUCUUUAUAUCUGUUGGUGUGUGCUUCACAGAAAUUUAUGA